AUGGACGGAACGGGCUCGUUCGGAGCUGGGCGAGCUGGUUCAGCAUUUGACCUGGUUGCGUUUGUAAAACAGCCACAGACUAUUCUAAGAGCACUGGCAUGGAUCUUCUCCAUGGUGGUGUUUGCCUCAAUAAUAAACGAGGGUUACGUGAACAUGGGAAGUGAGAGGUUGCACUGUGUAUUUAAUAAGAAUGCGGACGCCUGUAACUACGGCAUCACUAUCGGAUUUAUAGCUUUUUUAGCUAGCGGAUUUUUCUUAGCCUUGGACAUCUACUUCCCCCAGAUCAGCAGCGUCAAAGACAGGAAGAGAGCUGUCCUUCUGGAAAUGGGCUUCUCAGGAUUCUGGACGUUCCUUUGGUUUGUGGGGUUCUGUUUUCUGGCCAAUCAGUGGAGUCGUACAUCUCCUGAAGAGCUGCCAUUAGAGCAGGCAUCGGACGCCGCCAGGGCAGCCAUAGCUUUCUCCUUCUUCUCCAUCAUAGUCUGGGCGGCUCUGACGGUGUGUGCUGUCCAGAGGUUCCUGCUAGGCACUGACAUGACGCUGUUCACCACCGAGCACCUAGACGGCCAAGCCCCCAAGCAACCCUACCCAUCCAACGACGUGAUUGGCCAGACCACCAUCCCCGUGGAGGCCUAUCAGAGCCCACCUUUCAUUGAGACCAAGGAGACCAGACCCGCGGGUUACCAGGCUCCGCCGGCGUUUUGA